AACUGAAAACGUCAAGACGUCACUAAGUCAACGCAGGCAGGCAGAAAAGCAGCUGUUGUCAUAGAGUUAAAAAGUACAAUAAUAUUUUAGAAAAAAAUAUCAAUUAAAAUGGCUCAAAAUAGUGAACAAUUUGAUAUUAAAAUAGUCAAAGAUAAUUUUGAAGCAUCUUUACUAGAUGACGACGAUGUUCGCUUACAGGAAUAUUUAGAUAGUUAUGAUGAACUUAACAAAUUUUUUACCUUAAUGGGGAGGAUGUUUGGAUUUGUUAGUAAAGAUUUACAAGCAAAAAUUGAUAUUUUGAGAAAGUUCAUUGAAGAAUCCCAAGAGAAUUUCAUCAGUGCGAAAUGCAUGAUAAUUUAUGAAAAGGACAAUGACUUACUAAACAAAAAAAAAUACGUUUCUGGGUCCAGGACAUUACUUAGGUUACACCGAGGUCUGGAUUUUAUCAGACUAUUCCUGGAAAAGCUUAAGGACAUCAAAAAUGAAGAAGGCACCUCAACUAUAUGUAGAGCAGCAUAUGAUCAAACGUUAUCGAAACAUCAUCCUUACCUGAUCAGGUCUGGGGCACAAGUAGCAAUUUAUACACUGCCUACCAAAGAAGUAUUACUACAAAGAGUAUGUGGAGAUGAAAAAGUUAUACUGGAAGCAAUGGAAUUACUACCACACACUUUAGAAAUCACUUCUCUUGUAUACGAUAGGUUGGAAAACAUGUACACAGAACAUAAACUUCACGAUCUUCCUUAAACCUCAAGAUUACUUCACAUCAGUAUUAUCAAUGAUAAAGAGAAAACAAUUAUUGCUCCAAAAACGGUUGCUGAUUCCAGUGCUACAUCCAUAAUUUUGAUAGGAGCGGAGGGCAAGGCUGAGCGUAACUCUUCAUUCGAUGUUGGCUUACUUAACACGUUCGGUGCUCAUGACGACAGUGUGUUGUCACGACGGUUUCAUUGAGGGUACCGACAACGCAUGGGUGUCGGCGGUAUACUCCUCAGAGGCAUCUUUCAGUGCGUCACAGUUUUUCGAUUUCUUUCUUGGAACUUCGAACACAUUAAGUUGGAAGUGACAGAAAAAAAGGUACGUCCGUGAUUAAAAUCAUUUAUAACAUUUAUUGUAGUUGUUGAUAGAUGGCGCUAUAAUCGAACAAAAGAUGAUUUAUGUAUUAUCUAUGCGACUAUAAUCUGUACAAUUUAUAAGACUAUGGGUCAUUCCAUUUCAAAUCACUCAAUUUUGGAGCAAAAAAAAAAAUUUGGACCUCCGAUUUGUCUGAAAAUUGGUAUGUAGCUUCUGCGGGACGUAAAAAUAAGAUAUUUAAGGUCAAAAAAUCUUCUUCUUCUUUUCUCAAAAUGUUAUUUUAUGCGAUUUUACAGUGAUUUGGUGUUUAUUUAUACAAAUUUGCAUUUUCUAUUGUAAAGUAUCAAAGGAAAACAUAAUAUUUUAAUAGAAGAGACUCAAAAAUGUCAUUAUAUGGCACUAUAAUAAGAUACUUUGAUUCAAAACAAGCUUUUGAUCAAAUUUUAUAGUGUAGAAAACGUUAAAAUACCGUUUUUACAUUUUUCUCCAUUCCCAAAAUACAUCAUAAUCGAUUUGGCUGAAAAUUUGCCCACAGAUAGACAAAACAUAGGACUUUAAGUGGUGAGAAGGAUUUGAAUUAUAUUACAAUACCAAAAAAGUUACAUGCAAUAUUAUAGUCAAAAAUAUAGGCGUCUACUGUAAGUAAAAUUAACUCUAAAAUAUCGACCUCACGACAAAAAUUCUUAAAAAGAAAUUGUAAUAAUUGUAAAUACGAUUUAUUUAGAACAAUUUCAGUUCCUACCAUUUUUGUCGAAACGUUAAAAAUGGCGGUGAUAUUGAGCAAAACAGGUUCUCCUUUAAAAUCAAGAUGGCGGCUAACGUAACGGAGGAAUUCAUUCGUGAUUUCUAAUUUAGGCUACUAUUGACUCCCCUAAAGAUCAUAAAAAUAAAAUUUUGGGCAGCUCGGCAUUCAAGGUCAAAUGCUAUCCCGACUGGACUAAUAUAUACCUACUUUUGAGUCUGAUAUUACUGCAUGUAACUUUUUUGGUAUUGUAAUAUUAUUCAAAUCCUUCUAACCACUUAAAGUCCUAUCUUUUAGCUAUCUGUGGGCAAAUUUUCAGCCAAAUCGAUGAUGAUGUAUUUUGGGAAUGAAGGAAAAUGUAAAAACGGUAUUUUAACGUUUUUUACACUAUAAAAUUUGAUCAAAAACUUGUUUUGAUUCAAAAUAACUUGUUAUAAUGCCAUAUAAUGACAUUUUUGAGUCCUUUCUAUUAAAAUAUUAUGUUUUUCAUUGAUACUUUACGACAGAAAAUGCAAAUUUGUUUAAAUAAACACCAAAUCACUGUAAAAUCGCAUAAAAUAACAUUUUGAGAAAAAAAGAAGAAGAAGAAGGUUUUUUGACCUUAAAUAUCUUAUUUUUACGUCCCGCAGAAGCUAUAUACCAAUUUUCAGACAAAUCGGAGAUCCAAAAUUUUUUGCCUGAGUGAUUUGACAUGGAAUGUACCCUAUACAAGUCAAAGAACAUACCUUUUUAUAAGUUAAAUAAACACAAUUGAUUUGUUUUUAUACCAAAUUACGAUUAGGUAUGAUUCUGACAACUGUCAGAUUUAACUAAAAUGUCAUGCUAUGAUUCUCUGCAUUCUUAAACUUAUAUAUUACGUCAUUAAUGACACACUGAAAGACUGAGAAGAACUUUAAAUUAUAGUCGUAUAGAUAUGUAAUAGGUAAAUAAUGGGUAAAUAUCUAAAAACAAUUUCGAUUAUAGCGCCAUCUAUCAACAACUGGAAUAAAUGUUAUAAAUGUGUAUGUAUCACGGAGGUGCCUUUUUUCUGUCACUUGUGUCACACUGAAAAAAGCCUCUGAGAAGCACCAUAGUACUGCUUUUUGACCUUACUAAAUGAACCAUUUAAAUGCGUGGUACCAGCCAAGUGGCGUUUGUUCAAGAUGGACACUGAACAUGUUAAGUCGAAGAGCGCAAGCUAAAGAAGUUUCCAAGCUCAUCACACUCUCGAUAUUUUGUAGUUUAAUAGUCCAUGUUGGACCGAUAGUGUGAUCUGCCUCGCCUAUCGAAAGCUCACCAACACAUUUAGCCAAAUGCAUGUCGAGAAUGUGAAGCUAGCAUAAUAUAUUAUUGUACUUAUUUAUGUAAGCUUGAACGUAACAUUUUGUGCAAUACGGAAAAUGAUCAAAAAUACUACUUUGUUACAAAAAUAAAAUAAAUAUCUAAAACUGAUGCAAUCGAUUUAGUAACGUAUUUUAUUGAUGUUUAUUUAAAUAUUUGAACAAAUUUAAUUACGUGGAGUAACGUUUACCUUAUGUAAACACAUUUUUUGUUAACUAUUAUAAAAAAAAACACCAAAGUCUACAUAUAAUGUAUCAACUCUGUGUGAGUGACAGAGUGACUGCGAAACCUAUGGUUUCAGUUGCCUAACCAUAGCAUUUUUGGUGUUGCAAUCAGAAAAUCUUGACUGACUUGGUAUGAUUGGGUAUGAUCGCUGUGGGCACUUGUGCGUUUAAAAGCUUGACAUGAAUAUUGUUCGUCCGCUAUAACUUUUCCCAUGCGUCACGAUUCAUUUUCAAACAAAUUAAGUCAAAACAUAGAGUGAAACGUACGCCGAUGUGUGUAGUAUACUACAGUAUACAAAAUGUAUAUUGGGUUGGGAUAAAGUAUGGAACCAAGCAAAUAUCUUUGAAACGAAAAGAACAAUAUUUAUGAAACUUUGCAUGCAAGUACAGUGACGGAAAAGGCAUCUGUUGCCAUAUUUUUUGUUACUAUUCCACUUCCGGUUUGGGACACCCUCUAUAUUUUAAAAUUUUGAUUUUAAAAGAACUUGUUAUUUUUAAUUCAUACAUACCAAAUUUGGUAGAGACAAUUUGUUAAAAAGUGUCUGUAGAUAAUUUUUUGUAUUAAUACAACGUAAUAGGAAAUAAACGAGUACCAUCUAUACUGUAGACUAAAAUUGUUGUUUACAUGCACUGCAUGACUUAUUUGAAUUUAGUAUAGUAGGUAAAACUGUUACUGAACUAAUUGACAGAAAUAAGUUGUAUUAAAAAUGGUUCAUAUAAGUGGAAAAGGUUAUGGUGAAUUUUCGUUUUUUGGAAGUGAAUUUUCCAAAUCCAUGGAUUGGACGUAGAGGAUUCAUAGAGUGGCCCGCUCGUUCUCCGGACCUCAACCCGUUAGAUUUUUUUCUUUGGGUUAUCUAAAAUUACGUGUUUACGUUAGGCGACCAACAUGCUUGCAGGAUUUGAGACAAAGAAUAAUAAUUGAUGAAUGUGAACUAAUACGUGGAGAAAUCUUGCAAAAAGUGACUCACGAAUUUAUUUAUAGGCUUGCACGUUGUCAGGAGGUGAACAGCAAACAUUUUCAACAUUUGAAAUUUUUUUUUUAUUUUUAAUAUCAUUGGUCUAACGUUAAUAAAUUAACCUAUUUUUUAACUGUAAAGAGAUUUAUUUCUUGUUUUAAUAGUUUUUUCUUCCAAACUUGGUAUAAUAAGUUCUUUUAAAAUCUGCAAAAAUAUACAGGGUGUCCCAUUUACAUUAAAUAAGUUAAGGGUAUUUCCGGUGAAACCGGAAGUGGAGUAGUAACAAAAAAUAUGGCAUCAGAUGCCUUUUGCGUCUCUGUACUUGCAUGCAAAGUUUCAUAAAUGUUGUUCUUUUCGUUUCAAAGAUAUUUGCUUGGUUCCAUACUUUAUCCAACUCUGUAUACAGUCGGAAAAUGAAAGAAUACCCAUGAACGAUCACAUCAAUCACUUAUUUUCUAUAAAUAACAAACGUUUGUUAUAGAAAAAGACAGCAAAUACAAAAUAAGUGAUUGAUGUAAUCGUUCAUGGGUAUUCUUUCAUUUUUCCGACUGUACACAUCGACGUUCGUUUCACUUUAUGUUUUGACUUAAUUUGUUUGAAAAUGAAUCGUGACGCAUGGGAAAAGUUAUAGCGGACGAACAAUACCAACUUUGUGUCUAAGAGAAUACAUAGCAGUUGCAACGUAUUGCCCAAUGUGUACCUUAUUACAAGCCACUGUGUAACUUUCACAUCGAAACGAUAACUACACGCGAAAUUCAAUGUCAGGUUAUCGCUUCAAACGCAUAGACUUCGGAAUGGCUUGCAAAAGACAACAGAAGGGCACAGGGGAAGAAUGGCAAUAGUCCAUUUGAAUUUUUCUCAAGCACACUGAAAGUUAAAGUUUAUUAACUUUUUAUAAAGUCAAAUGUAAAGAAAAAUAAUCAAUCAAAUUUAAAGAAUAAUAAUUACUUAGACUUUAUAUUAUAUAGUGAUGAGCGCGCUAAUAACUGUCAGAAUAACGCAAAAAAUGGAAAACAAUUAAGUUGUGAGAUAAAAGAAAUGAAACUAGUAGAAGUUGGAAAUUUAGCGAUAAAAAUCUAUAAAUUUAUAUUAUAUUUAUUGUUUCCCACCUUAGACGUAUCGGACGAGUUUGGCAACUGCCAUUGUGACAGUUUUAGUUGACAUACUCCUCUUGAUACUUCUAAAGAUGGGAAACAAUAAAUAUAAUGUAAAUUUAUAGGUUUUUAUCGCUAAAUUUCCCACCUCCACUAGUUUCAUUUCUUUUUAUCUCACAACUUAAUAUGUUUUCCAUCUUUGUCGUUAUUCUGCCGGUUAUUAGCGCGCUCAUCACUGUAAUAUAUUGACUUUAUAAUAAGUUAAUAAAUCUUAAUUUUCAGUGUGCUGAAAAUUUAUUAUAAUUUGCAUAUAAAUUUAUUAUAAUUAGGAAAAUCAUUAUAAGGACCCGUUCGGAGAAAAAUUGUGCAUUGUAUUUUUAGUUAUUUAAAGUUCUUUAUUGGCAAUAUUAAAGUUAUUCAGUCGUCGCCAUUUCUUUAAUAAUUGGACUUUUGACUAUAUCAAAAAGCUUUCAAUGAUGAAGAGGGAAGAUUGCUAUUGGGACCGUGCAAGUUCGGAAAAGCGACACCUAUUUCUACGCUCUGAACUUUUAUUCGCACUUUUAAUUAUAUUGGCCAAUCAUAUGGUCCUCGUUACUGGAUAAUUGUCAAGGCCAUAGUCCAAAAAAAAUAAUAAGAAAAAAUAAGAUUUAGGUUGUGUUAUUCAAACGUAAAAAAUUGUAUGUAGUAAAUAAAAUUAGUUAUUAAAAUGCAGUAUUGCAAGUAAAAUACAAUUAAUUAAAUUUACCUUUAUAUAAUAAUUGCAUAUCAUAUCAAUAUUGUGAAGCAAUAUAUAAUUUUUCUUCUUAAAUGACAAUAGGUAUGAAAUGUACGUCAAUUUGACAAUUUCAGUUGACAAUAUGAAUUAUUUAAGAAAGUUGCAAUAUUUCUCCGCUAUUUGCGCACGAUCGUUUCGCGUAUCCCUUCCAAGUACUUGCACACCGCGAAUAAUUCACAAUUUCAUAGACCUUAUCUAAUCUUUGACAUUAUUAGACUUUUUUGAAUGUACUUCUUUGUACACAUUACUAAUGUACUUACUAGUACUGCUCCAUAAUGUAGUACUCAUUAUUAGUAAUAACUAUUUUCCGAGUGAAUGGAAUAUUAUUUAAUAUUCCAAUGUUCUAAGUUCGUCUAAAGCAAAUCAUCUAAAAUCAAUCUUUUAGCUGUACACAAUUGUUGACUAAUUGUAUCGAAAACAUUGUUAUAUUAGAUUAAUACAACCAAACUAAAUCGAUUACAUCAUUUUUAUUAUUAACUUUUUAUUUCUAACAUAGUUUUAAAACAUAAAAUUUAUUUUCGUUAUUAUACCAAAACUUUCUACCAACUCUAUUUUUUUAGUUUUAUCUUUUUAAGCUUAUGCUAGCCCAAUGGCUGUUUUUAUUCAUCCAUUCUCUUGCCUUUGAGUCACAAUAUUUCUUAUAUUUUUAUAUUUUAUUACAAAUAAGUAAGGGAGCUCCAACAAAAAUUGUAAUUUUAAGUAUAAGAACUAUCAUAAUCACGUUUUUAUCAAGGUAUAUUUAUGUGAGAUUUUAUUCUUAUAUAGUAUUAAGUAUUAGCUUGAAAUUGUGCUCCUGUAAUGGUGAAAUCCAGUGUUAAAUCUUCGAUCCUACAAAUAGUGUUGCAAUUUUGGAAUUAUUGACUCUAUUAGUAUUCACUUUUAGACAAAACUUUAACACAUUAACAACCACACCAUCUCAUUGUUAAUUUGAAUUAUAUUUAACUCACAGAACGCCUGGUCCAAACAGGGUGUGAGUUAAAUACAACGCACGUGGCGUUUAAUGUGUUAAUAUCAUAGACAUAAUAAAGGGUAGACCAGGCAAGGUAUGGGCCUCUCUGUGCAUCGAGGUGUAACGCCAAUAUCAAUGGACAAUAUUCACUUUGAGUGGUGUAACCAUCUUUGUCUGUCACAUGAGCGGGAUCGCUUGGUUAAAAGAGAUAGAUAGACCACCGAUCGACUGCUAGCGCGUUACGCUAUUUUGCUCAGUAUGCCUUAUCUAUCCUUAUUAUGUUGAAACAAAAAAAAAAGAACUUCUGUUGGAGUGAAUGUAAAGACAGUGAUAUACUCCAACAGAAGUAAGGAAAAAGAAAGUAACUGUAAGCUAGGUAUAUAUAAAUAAUAAUAAGAUAGUGUACUUGAAGAAAGGGGAAGUAAAAUGAAAAUAAACAGAAAAUAGCUUCUCGCUGGAGAGGCUGAAGUAAUAAAAAUACUACUUUGCAGUAGUACUGAAGAAAGGGGGAUUAUUAAAAGGGAUAAAUGUAGAAGUAUGAAGAGACAGAGGUAAACUAAAUGGAGUGGCUAGCAAGAGAUGCAAGAGAACAACUUGACACUCAAGGAUGGAUACGGCUCGUUUGCAUGCCUGUCGAAGAACAGUAGCUCAAAGUAGAUGCUGAUGACUAGAAAAGGUAUAUACUAAGAUAAAAAUAAUGUUCUGAAAAUAAAUAAAGAUAAAUAAUUGCUAAAGAAGAACCAAUUAAAUAAAACUAACAAAUCAUGGGCACCAAGAAAUUGAUCUUCGAUCACUCUCCCAGGUAUCUUACACUGCUGUCAAAUAUUAAAUAUAUUAAAUCUGUAAUAAUGAACAUAAAGGAAUAAUAAAAAUAAAUGAUAUACAAAAUAAAUAAAUAUUUAUUAAAAAUAACUACCAGAUUUUUAACAAUCUCUGAGUUAGACAAAGCAUAUACUGUGACUCUAACAUGACAAAAGUUAUACAAAAAUUAUAUUCAUUUAAGAUAACAACAAUAAUGUUACCUGUUACAAAAUUAUAUAAGUACCUCUUACAUAUAGGGUACAACUCACAUGAGAUUUCUACCAAAUGGUUAUAGUACGCCUGCUACGUACAACUAAAUUAAAACCGACAAAUAUUAAAAGUAAUAUAAAUAAAUAAGCACAAACCUGACUAAGGGAAAAUACAAUGAUGAAUUAAACAAAAUGGAUUAAUAAAAGUUAUAAAAAUGAAGCUAAGAUAAAUACCGAAACGAUGACCUAAAUUAACUGAACAAAUGGAAUAAAGCGAAUAAACAAAUAAAAUAUUUGGGAAACAAGCAAGUAAUAUUACAAAAUAAAUAUCAAACCAAUAAUAAUAUAUAAAACCCUAAUUUUCUAGGCCUGAUUACCUUGUGCACACAAGUAACUUACCAUAGCUACAAUAGUUUGGGAACCAAAUAUUAAUAUAUAAAUAUGUCAUAUAAAAAAACCAAAGGUAAACUAAAUCUGAAAAAAUUAAUAACAUAGUGCAUUUAACCAAAUGUCUGAAAUGUAAAACCAAUAGUUACUAAAUGCACAACACUAAAUAUUCCCAAACAAACCCAUUCAUCGAACGACUUCCAGAUAAGGUUCGAUGCUGCAAUCCGUAGAAUGAGCACACGGAGAGUGCUAACCUGUCCUAUCCGUAGGUGCAGGUGGAAAGAUGACAGAAAAUGGGACUGGAACGUCCCAAAGUGUGUUUCCCAAAUUGACAUAUUCCCAGUGAUGACUUGACUGUGGCUGUAAUGGUUUCCCUAGGUGGUCAAAGGGGCUACGACUUCACAUUCUGGUUUCUCCCAAAUGGCUAAAAACAUUCCCAGUUUUAUUUCCCAUAUAAACAUGAGCAAAAAGUAAAGAGAAGAAAUAAAUUAGGAAACUUUUUAGAAGCAUUAACAUAGAAAAACCGAUCAUUAAAAUGGAACAAAAACUAAUCUCAGGUAACCUUGAACUAUUUUGAGUGUGAAGACAUGAACAAAUAAUGACAUUGAAUGUGAAAUUUGAAUAUGUAUAUAAAAUAUUGGAUGUUCAAUAAAUUUAAAACCUACAGAGAAAUGAUAAUUAUUUCCAAUAUUAAUUGAGAAUUGCAUAUGUUUGGUUAUGUCUAACCAAAAUCUAUUAAUAUAUAAUUUUCCUUGAAUGGAUAUUAAAUAAUCGAAAUAAUCUAUAUAUUUCACUUAAUGGGUUGACUCAGAAAAUUUACCAAUGAAACUACUAUUUCAAAUAUUAUACAAGCUAACAUAUAGUUAUAAGACUAACAAAAAAUUAUUAUAUAAAAAAUAAAUCUCACCGAAUGAUUCCUAUUCAGACUCCAAAAGGAGUUGUCACACACAUGUCUCCCAACUCCAGACAACCCUUGGUGUUAACUUUUUACUUUAAUUAAACUGGAUGUUAUAAAAUAAGUUGGAUGGAAAUCAUCCGCCAUUUUAUGGUACCAACCAACUUCACAGCCACAAGUCAAGUAAGGAACCUUCCUCGCUACUUCAAAGAUGAGAACCUCAAACGACCACAGAACAUGAAUUAAAUGUCACGGAACGAUUUGACAAGUGUUCCGUAGACGUCGACGUGUGACGUCACGUAAGUGGUCCUUUACGAGGAAGUUACAGUAAUUAAUUAAGUGAUCAAAAGAAAAUAAUUAUAAAAAUAAUUAAAGCGCUAAAAAUGAUAUUAUAACGGGUGGACCGUUACAAUGUCUAUGGUUAAUAUACACAAAGCCUAUUCUAAAAAUACGUGUUCUUCAUGUCAAAAGUACAUAUUUGCGCGCCUAAAAUUGUAGGGGAAAUAUUUUUUUUCAUUCAAAACAAAUUCACAUAAUUGGGCUCAAAUAUCUAUAUAACAUAAAAUAUUGUUUAAAAUUUUCUUAUUGAAAUUUUAAACAAUAUAUCUUUAUAAUAAUAGUCUCCCGGUUUAUACCGCUAACGCGGCUUUAGAAUUUGAGAUUUAUUCAGAACUAUCUUCAAUAUAUUCGUUUUAAGCUUCGCUAUUAUGAAGUACUACUUUUGUCUACUAGUUUAUACUAAGCUUUAAAGCUAGCUGUCGAUGGUUAUUUUAUAGGUGAGAAUUUAAUACUUGAUUAACCAAAUACAAAAGCUAAAACCAAGUAAUUACCUGGGAAGUUUUGAUAAAUAAAUAUGUAGAUAAAGUAUGAUAAAUAUAUAUCUAAAAUCCCCAGAGAUUUACUGUAUUCCAUAGCUUUGAUUCUUAGUGUAAAUUUUUUCUCAAUGUGUGUGACCAUAAUUUACUACCUAUGCUUUGACUAAUUUAACAAAGUGGGUGUCAAAGUUUGAUGAAAAAAUAUUCCUCACACUUCAGUUUGUGUAAUGUUGAAAUAUACUGCUCACUAAAAAUAAUGCACUUCAACAAAAAAUGAUACAGUUUAUAGAUACGGAAGCAGGAAUAUUUUUUAAGAAGGAAACCAAACAUUGUCGUUAUUCGUAUCUUAACGGUGUAGGGGAGAUGACUUUUUAGAACCAUUUUUAACCAUCGAAACUCAUUUUUCUACAUUACUUAAAAUAUUUAUAAAAGUUAAGAAAUUAGUGGGUGUACAGUAUCUGUCAUUAACACUAAAAAAAGACCAAAUGUAGUAAUUUUUUACGUAAUUUCGUUAUUAUGUUCCUUCAUAUAGUCUCUAGCUAUUCCGAAGUACUAUUAUUACAAGUCUGUUUUGUUUCCUUUCGUCAUAUACAGUUAUGAGCGCGCAAAAUAACGCAAAAGAUGGAAACCAUAAUACAUUGAGAAAAAAAGGGGAUGAAACUAGUAGAUGUGGAAAUUAUCGUUAUAAACUUAUAAAUUAACAUUACAUUACAUAGUAUCCCAUCUUUAGACGUCUGUGACAGAAGUAUUUUAUAAAAUUCUACUGUCACAGUGACAGUUGUCAUACUCCUCUGAUACGUCUAAAGGUGGAAAACUACGUUACCUGGCUGACAUUUGUGUCUGUCAUUGGUCUUCUUCUUUUAUCUUGUUAACAUAAUAUAUUCCAAAGUAUAUGUCAAAAAAGUCCACAUAAAUUCUCAAAAGGUUUUUUUGUCCCAGUUAACAUCAUUGUAUUAUUUUCCCUGUAAUUAUAAUUUGUCAUGUCCUGGUACUAACAAAUUAUACUAUUUAGAUGGUUCGUCCAGUUCUCGUCACCAAAAUAAUGAGUUUCUUUAUUUCCUGAAAUUUCUAUUAAUGACAAAAACUAUAAUAUAGUAUAUUAUAACGAACAAAUUAGCCAAAUAACUGAUGUGCAGUCAUAUGUUCGUUGACAGCAGUGGCUAUAUUCUUGCGCGUUUGCGUACAGUUCAAUCCCAUGCUAGCAACGUUAACCGAGCAAUACACUGUAACUUAACACAAAAUAUGUAAUUACCUAGCAAAAAAUCUUAACAUUUACUUUGAAGAGCAGUAUAUUUUAUCAAAUGUUUUCAAAUUUUAUACUUUUAGUAUAGUGUAUAGUAAGGUAUUUUAUAUUAAUUAGAGUCUACAACUAUGCUGAGUGUUCAAAAGUAUUAUAAAACAUCUUUAAAAGCAUUUUGUGAUAAAAUUUUUUAAGUAGUCCCUUAGGACAAAAAGUACUUCUUGUCAUGUUUCAAAUGUGCUUAGGUAAGAUUAGGUUUAUAUAAUAUAUAAUGCACUAUUUACAAUAUUUGAAAUAUAAUUCAUAUGUGAGUUUAAGUGAUUAAAAUAAAAAGCUGAAAUCAAUAUAAA